GUGGGAGGGAAGGCGAGUGAACAGUGGAUGGGCGUGGAAGGUUUCACAGGGAGUUUCACUCCACAGCUCUCCCGUCAUUCACCAGCCGGUCGGCCUGGAUCGGGAGCUGCUUUCUGUCAGGACGGGACCGAGCGGCUGCAUGUGGACGUCUCAGCCCAAACCUCUGGACUUCAAGGAGUAAAAAAACAAAACAGAAAACAGCUGGAGAGGAGAAUCCACCUGCUGAGCAUCUGACAGACUGUCACUAACUGUUCCUCGCAGGGAUGUCCAACGCCGUGGACGCCGUGGUCCCCAUGGACGCCGUGGACGAGCCCGAGCUGAUCCCCCUGAACCGCCUGGCCUCGCCUCAGGUCCGAGCGGCGGCGGACGUGGAGGAGGUCCCUCUGAACAUGGUUCCUGGGCUGGGGAACGAGCAGGACGGCGGCGGCGGCGGCCGACAGGAUUCAGCGUUCUGCUGUAACGACCGGCACUACAGGAGGCUGGCGGUCUGCAGCAUCGUCUGCGGGUGCUCCUGCAUCGGGUACAGAGCGCUCAUCGACUCGGUCAAGGCCGAGACGAUGGCGGCCAAGGACCCGGAGGCGGCGCUGACGCUUUCACGGCGAGCAAAAAAACUCAGCAUCAUCUCCAUCGGGACGUUUAUCUUCAUACUGGCGUUGAUCCCUGCGCUGACGGUCCUCAUCUCGUAUGUCCUCACUUUCAUAAACUGAACUCCCUCCUCGGAAACGAAAGAGACAGCCGAGGUUAAACGAGAAACCCCGUCUGGUGACUGAUAAAACAAGUUUAAGAGUUCCCAUGAGCUUACUGACCAAAGUAAUGGAACGUCUGGACGACGGACUCUGGACAUCAGAAAGUACGAAGACGUUCAUUCACUUAAAAACUUGUGAAGAAGAGUUCCUCCACAAGAAGAGAGACGGCGGAGCAAAGCUUGGACGUGACGAGGAACUGGAGCGCCGAACCAAAACAGGGAUGGAAGUGAAUUUUUCCUGCUUUCUUUGGAGCCCAACGCUGAGAAAACCCCAAGAACUGUGAAAGCGGCCAAACCGGGACUGAAAGACGAGUCUCCAAACGCCUGUGGACUUUUACUCUUCCUUUUUGUUGCAUGUUAAUUAUUUAAACACCGACUCCUGAAAAAGGUACUAAACACAUUUUGUAUACUGUAAUAUU